AUGGCUUCUCUCAUCACCAACGGCAUCUCGCCUUUCUACUCACAACCUAUAUCCGAGCACUCGAAAGGUUCUAUAUUAUUCCACCCCACCCCCAAAUCCCCCUUCUACAGGAACCCUAAUUCAAGAACCUCUCUCAAAAUCAGGGCUGACAUCGGGUACGAUUCAAAGACCGCCGUCGAAUCUCCAGUUAAUAAACCGUCCAGUUCAUCACCCAACGACGACGACGACCCGCUCCAGAAAUUCUUGAAGAGGGACUACAAAUGGGGCUUCACUCAGGAAAUCGACUCGUUCACCAUUCCAAAGGGUCUGUCCGAGGAGACUAUCAGGUUAAUCUCCUCGAGGAAGGACGAACCCGAUUGGAUGCUGGAUUUCAGAUUAAAAUCUUAUUCGAAAUUUAUGACUAUGAGGGAGCCCCAAUGGUCCGACAAUCAGUACCCUAGAAUCAAUUUCCAGGACAUCUGCUACUACUCGGAGCCCAAAAAGAAGCCGACUUUGAACUCUCUCGACGAGGCCGACCCAGAGCUGAUCCGGUAUUUCGACAAGCUUGGCGUGCCCCUGAACGAGAGGAACAGGUUAGCCAACGUGGCAGUUGAUGCGGUUCUCGAUAGUGUCUCGAUUGCCACUACCCACAGAAAGACCUUAGAGAAAGCCGGGGUCAUCUUUUGCUCAAUUUCUGAGGCUAUAAGAGAGUAUCCUGAUUUAAUCCGGCAAUAUCUGGGGAAAGUGGUUCCUGAAAACGAUAAUUUUUAUGCAGCCUUGAAUUCGGCCGUGUUCAGUGACGGCUCUUUUGUGUAUAUACCCAAGAACACCAAGUGCCCGAUGCAGAUAUCCACGUAUUUCAGAAUAAAUGCCAUGGAGACUGGCCAAUUCGAGAGGACUCUCAUUGUGGCUGAGGAGGGAAGUUUUGUUGAGUAUUUGGAAGGCUGCACGGCUCCUUCGUACGAUACGAAUCAACUUCAUGCUGCUGUAGUCGAGCUUUACUGCCACGCGGGUGCUGAGAUUAAGUACUCGACCGUCCAGAACUGGUAUGCAGGGGAUGAGAAUGGCAGGGGUGGAAUUUACAACUUUGUGACCAAGAGGGGCCUCUGUGCUGGAGCUCGGUCCAAGAUCUCCUGGACCCAAGUGGAGACGGGCUCGGCUAUAACUUGGAAGUAUCCGAGUGUUGUCUUGGAAGGGGAUGGGUCGGUUGGGGAGUUUUACUCUGUUGCCCUCACGAAUAACUACCAGCAGGCUGAUACGGGCACCAAGAUGAUACACAAGGGGAGGGACACGAGGAGCAGGAUUAUUUCCAAAGGGAUCUCAGCUGGAAAUUCGAGGAAUUGUUACAGGGGCCUUGUUCAGGUGAUGUCGGGUGCGGGUAAUGCGAAGAACUCGUCUCAGUGCGAUUCAAUGCUGAUUGGGGAUAAAGCUGCAGCCAAUACUUAUCCUUAUAUUCAGACGAGAAACCCCACGGCCCGCGUUGAGCACGAGGCCACCACAUCGAAAAUUGGUGAGGAUCAGUUGUUCUACUUCCAACAGAGAGGCAUUGACUACGAGAAAGCCAUGGCUGCUAUGAUCUCUGGUUUUUGCAGGGAUGUUUUCAAUGAGCUGCCGGACGAGUUUGGUGCCGAGGUCAACCAGCUGAUGAGCCUGAAGCUCGAAGGAUCUGUAGGGUCUGACGGUGGAAUCCUGAUCCACCUUCAGUACCUGGGUGAAAGACAGACUUUCACCCCUGUUCAGAUUCUGGCUAUGCUUUUAUCUCAUUUAAAGCAGCUCACGGAGAAAAAUCUUGAGACACGGGUCGAGAACUGUGUGAUCGGUGUUCCUUCUUACUACACGGCCAACCAGAGGCGCGCGUAUCUGCAAGCGGCUGAGAUUGUGGGCCUGAAGCCCAUGAGGCUGAUGCAUGAAUGCACGGCUAUCGGGCUUGAAUACGGUAUAUACAAGACGGAUUUUUCCGGGAGGGGCCCGACGAAUGUUGUCUUUGUGGAUAUAGGCCACAGCGAUACCCAGGUCGCUGUGAUCUCGUUCGAGCCUGGGCACAUGAAGGUGCUGUCCCAUGCAUUUGACAGCAAUUUAGGAGGACGGGACUUUGAUGAGGUUUUAUUCCGACAUUUUGCCGCUCAAUUUUUGGAACAAUACAAAAUCGACGUUUGUUCGAGUACAAGGGCUUCCAUAAGGCUGAGGGCCGCGUGUGAGAAGCUGAAGAAGGUCCUGAGUGCGAACCCGGAGGCCCCUCUCAACAUUGAGUGCUUGAUGGAUGAAAAAGAUGUUAAGGGAUAUAUUAAGAGGGAUGAGUUCGAGAGGCUGGCAUCCGGGUUGCUUGAGAGGAUCGGGAUUCCUUGUCGUAAGGUUUUGCACGAAUCUAGAUUGACAGUGGAUAAGAUUCACACGGUGGAGCUUGUCGGGUCGGGUUCGCGGAUACCGGCUGUUACGAAGAUUCUGAACUCGAUAUUUCGGAAGGAGCCUGGACGGACGUUGAACGCAAGCGAGUGCGUGGCCCGUGGUUGUGCAGUUCAGUGUGCGAUGCUUAACCCUGCUUUCCGAGUGAGAGAGUAUGAGGUGCAGGAUUGUUUCCCAUUCUCAGUUGCAUUUGCAUCAGAUCAUGGGCCUGUCUGCUCAUUGGCAGGUGGAGUGUUGUUUCCUAAAGGCAGUGCUUUUCCAAGCAUGAAGACGCUUACUUUCAGAAAUGAGAUAUUUCACAUGGAAGCCUUCUACUCGAAUCAGAAUGAGCUGCCUCCUGGUGUCUCGCCAAGAAUUAGCUCUUUUAAGAUCGGACCGUUUAGGGUCUCUCAUGUAGAGAAUAUGAAGAUAAAGCUUAAAGUUGUGCUAAACAUCAACGGGAUUGUCUCCAUAGAAUCUGCCUCUCUGAUAGAUUAUCAUGCGAAUGAGUCCAAUGUAAACAACAACAUCGAUACGCAUUCUGAAAAUUUGGAGCAAAUCAAUAGCGAGUCCUUUGACAAAGCAAAUGGUCAUUUAGGUCAUGAAAUUAGAAGGUUAAAAGCUAUUAGAAGGCAGGAUGUUUUUGUUGAUGAGAAUGCAUAUGGUGGAAUGACACAGUCGGAGCUCACACAUGCUCAAGAAAAAGAACUUCAGUUAGCUCAGCAGGACAUUAAAAUGGAAAGGACCAAAGAUAAGAAAAAUGCCCUAGAGGCCUAUGUUUAUGAAACACGGAAUAAGCUUUUAAAUACUUACCGGAGCUUCGUUACUGAUGCUGAAAAAGAAGGGAUUUCAAGUAACCUGCAACAAACUGAGGAAUGGCUUUAUGAAGAUGGAGAUGAUGAGUCUGAAUUUGUGUAUGCUGAAAAGUUAAAGGAUUUGCAGAAGAUGAUGGAUCAAAUUGAAUAUCGAUAUAAAGAUGGAGAGGCCAGGGCAGUUGCAACGAGACACCUACUAAAUUCUGUAGUGGAGUAUCGCAUGGCUGCAAGUUCACUUCCCCCUGCUGAAAAAGACGCAGUUAUUGGAGAAUGCAAUAAAGCAGAGGAGUGGCUUCGAGAAAAAACCCAAUUGCAGGAUUCACUUCCCAAGAAUGCGGAUCCUGUACUUUGGUCUGGUGAGAUCACAAGAAGAGCUCAGGCCCUUGAUGAGACGUAUAAACGUGUGGUGGGUGGAAACAAGUCCCCGUCCCCACAACCAGAUGCUGCUAGAGAAUCGGGCACACGAAGUAACAGAGACGACAUGGACGUCGAUUAA